CUCCGAUUUUUUUAUAUGACGUUUCAGACAAGUUUAACAAAAUUAAGGAAUAUGUGAAUUGACUCUUUUGCCCUCUAUUUCUCUCUUCUGUCGGGCCCUCUCCAUUUCCGUAAUGUGUUCAUCAGCCCAGUCGGCCCCUCCUUUCCGUAAUGGGCCGGCCCCUCCUUCUUUCUCUAUUCGUUGCUCCUCUCCGUCACGCUCCUCCGCGCGCCGCCGCAGCCUCCAUCCACCACCGCCGCGCGCGCAGGGCGCGUCGCGCGCCGCAUGCUGCUGCCGCCUCAAUCCGCGCAUCGCCGUGGGCCGUGGACCGUCUUGCUGUCGUCGCCAUCCUACGGCGCCGGCGACGUGACGCCUCCCUCCCGCACCGGGGAUGUGGCGCCUCCAUCCCGCACCGGCGACAUGACGCCUCCCUCCCACAGCACAUCACCACACCGACGACGUGAAGCCUCCUUCCAGUCAAGCAAGCAGAGGAAUUUGUUCAUGGCAACACCACAAUUUGAGGCUGCGCAAGGAGGACUGGAUGUUCAAGAACCAGGAGGGCAGAGGAGUAUGCAAAUGGAACCAGGAGAUCCUGCAGCUUCAACUAGCUCGCCCAUGACGAAGUCGUCAUUGCUGAAACGGAAGUCCUCAGGUGCAAAUGUGUUAAACCCCCCAGCAGCGAAAAGGAAGUCCCCUUGUGCGAACAUGCCAAUUUUUAGAUCCCCACUGAGUAGGAUGUUGCUGUCACCGAGGAUGCAUCUAUCUCUAGUGGUGAGGUCUCCUUCUAUGAGGUCUCCGAUGGUAGCAAGAGUACUAGGAGAUAUUAAUUUGAAUGUGCCACCAAGUUCUGAAGGUCGAGGACCAAUUGGUGAUAUUGAUUUGAAUGUGGAACCAAGAGAAGAGUUGAUGAUAGGUUUGGAUCAUGGUUUUGGGGUUCCAGUUGCUAAUGAAAAUGCUCCAGAUGCUCAAGAGAAUGCUCAUAGGAAUGUGGUGUCUAAUGAUAAACGGAGAGCGAUAUUUGAAGCUUUGCUAGCAAGAGCCAACAAUGGUAACUUGAAGGGCCAUGAGACAAGGGAAGUAUCUGUAGCAUUCUCGGUACCCAUUCGAACAGUACAACGUAUUUGGAAACAAGGUAAAAGUUGUCUGGAUCAAGGUAUUCCGAUUGAUGUUUCUAGUGGAAAGUCCAAGUGUGGCCGCAAGAAGUUAGAAGUGGAUGUUUCCGUGCUUCGUGGUCUUCCUUUGUCAAGCCGUACAACACUAGAUGACUUGUCCACCUACUUACAUGUCAGUAAAAGCAAGUUGCAUUCAAUGAAACGAGAAGGUAUCAUAAAGCGUGUCUCAAACAGCAUAAAGCCGUACUUGACAGAUAAGAACAAGAAGGAUCGUCUGAAGUGGUGUCUAUCUAUGAUUGACCCAAUGAGCAUACCUAAUGAUUCGGUAUUUAAAGGACUGUUUGAUUUUGUUUUCAUUGAUGAGAAAUGGUUCAACAUCACACGGAAGAUAGAGAGAUACUAUACGGUUCAAGGUGAAGAUGAGCCCACACGGACAUGCAAAAACAAGAACUACAUUCCUAAAAUCAUGCUUAUGACUGCUCUUGCUCGACCAAGAUUUGAUUCUAAUGGCAACUGCACCUUUGAUGGCAAAAUUGGAUGCUUCCCUUUCGUGACAUACGAACCAGCUAAGAGAUCGAGUGCUAACCGGCCUGCAGGGACAAUAGAAAUGAAGCCCAUUGAGUCAAUUACAAAGGAGGUCAUUCGAAUUUUUCUGAUUGAGAAAGUCUUAUCAGCGAUUCGUGCUAAAUGGCCACGUGAAGAUACCAAUAAGCCUGUAUACAUACAGCAAGACAAUGCCCGACCUCAUAUUGCGCCUAAUGAUAAACUGUUUUGUGAUGCUGCCAAGCAAGAUGGGUUCGACAUUCAACUCAUAUGUCAACCUGCAAAUUCGCCUUAUUUUAACAUCUUGGAUCUGGGGUUCUUUAAUUCCAUUCAGUCAAUCCAGUACAAAACAACGGCAAAAACAACAACUGAACUUGUAACUGCGGUUGAUAAGGCUUUCCAAGAUUAUUCGGUGUGCAAGUCAAAUCGAAUUUUCUUGACUCUCCAUGGAUGUAUAAAGGAAGCUAUGAAAAUUGGAGGCGGCAAUGGAUAUGAUAUUCCUCACAUAAAGAAAGAAAUGCUAAAAAGACAAGGGCGUCUUCCUUUACAGCUCAGCUGCGAUGUCUUGUUGAUACAUGAAGCUACGACACAAAUCAACGACUAAUUCCGAAGUAGUUUUCGGCAAAUAAAGCAUCCAACUGCUGAAGUACUGCCGGGUAUAGAUUGGUCUGGCUCUAGCCGUUUUGUGUUGGAUCAAGCAGCUAAUACUGGCAACUGUCUGCUACUCCAAUAUGUACUCCUGUUUUACUCCAACACAAAAUGGAAAAUGGAAGAAACACAGGAAUUCAGGAGUACAAAGUUUUUCAUUUUUUUUUAUUUCAUUCUGAACAAGUACAUGGUUCAACAUUUCAUUUUGAACAAGAUUGUACAUGGAUCAUAAAGACUAUACAUGGUUCAACAUUUCAGUAACAAUGUUCAUACUCCAACAUGUACUCCUGUGCUUCAGAGACAGAAGCGAGAAGUGCUGCGCAACGUGGUUUACUCCUUGUGCAGCCAUACAUGUUUUCUCAUUUCCCUGUUCUCUUACAGAGUCCACUCAUCCUCAACACCAGAAGCAUAGUCAUAUAUAAUCUUGGGAAGCUUCUGCUUCACGAUGGCCUGGUACUCCAUGACAUUGAUGAUCUCCCCUAUCUUCGUGAUAAGCUAGCGAACACCCACACCACUCUACAACAAGAAACAAACACAAUCACUUGAUCUGUCCAAAGAGCAGAGAAAACCUUCUG